CAUUUAUUUUUUCUCCUCCAAUUUCUCAAACAAGAUAAAGUAGUUUAUUGCUCCCAUUAUUGUACAACUCCUCAAUCUUCAUCUCAUCUCUAUCCUCUGUAAUCAAAAAGCUUGUUGUUCCAUGGCUACUAAUCGCUGGCUCAGGCCCGAGGUAUAUCCACUGUUUGCUGCCGUUGGAGUUGCCAUCGGAAUCUGUGGAUUUCAGUUGGUUCGUAAUAUGCGUAUCAACCCUGAAGUCAGGGUAAACAAGGAGAAAAGAGCUGCUGGCAUCCUGGAGAACUUUGAAGAGGGAGAAAAAUAUGCUGAACAUGCUGUCAGAAAGUUUGCUCGUAGUAGGCCACCAGAAAUUUUCCCCAACCUUAAUAGGUUCUUCAGUGACCCUCAAAAGAAUUAAUCGCAUGUAACUGGGUUAGAAUAAAGUUAUCAAAUUUCACCCUUAUCAUGGUGAUUUGUAAUGUAAUGUGACCGUGACGCUAAUCUGUUGUGCUGGAGGAAUUGCAGUAUCGAUGUGUGCGUAAAGUAUGUUCGUCUGUGACAGUUUGUUUUGAGACUUA